CGGCGGUGGGAAAGUAGCAACAGACAAGACGACAAGUGAAAGAGACGACAGUACAUCAUGAAAAAGACUGCAUUUAUGAUGAUGAUCAUGUCAGACUCUUCAGGUUUCAUCUUUGUGAAUGUGAGUAAAACCUGGGAUGAUGCUCAGAGCUAUUGCAGGAAGUACCACACAGACCUGGCCAGCGUGAGGAACCAAUUUGUGAAUGAAAAACUGAGGAAGAUGAUGGUGGAUUCCUUCACAUGGAUCGGCCUCUACAGGAAUUCAUGGAAGUGGUCAGACGGGAGUGCAUAUUCAUUCACCAGCUGGGCUCCCAACAAUCCAUCCCUCCCAGUCACAGCUUCGUGUGGGACUAUAUUUGGUGGCAAGUGGUUCAAUGUUGAUUGUAGUCAAUAUUGGUACUUUGUCUGCUACACUGUGGUCAAGCAGAGGAACAUGCUGAAGGUGGAGCUGAAGAAAACUGACACCUCUGCAGACAUGAAUGAACUGCAUGAAAGUAUCUUGGAAAAAGUUCAGUCAGAAACUUAUGGAGCAGGGCCUGAGUGGAGAUGUUAGCCUGAUAUGGGUGAAGAAGCCUGAUGGAUCUGUCCACAAGAAUGAUGAACAGGUGGAGGAAGGGAA